GGAACUGGAAAUAGUAAAGCGGGUGCUGGUAGUUAGCAAUUCUCGUGUAUCUGAUAUUCUGAUUUUCUUCUCUCUCUCGGGCCUCAUAAGUGCCUUUGCUAAGUUCUCACUUUCACACCAAGAAAUCUUUAUCUCUUUUGUUCCUGAGUUUCUCUGAAUUUUUCAGAAAAAAGCUGGAAGUACUUUUAAUCGAGAUACAUGGCGAGAUCUGGCAGUAAGAAUAUACAAGCCAAGCUGGUGGGUACUUCUUGGGGACAUGGGAACUGGGAAAACAAGUUUGGUACUGAGAUUUGUGACUGGAAAAUUUUUGGAGUACCAGGAAUCAACAAUUGGAGCAGCUUUCUUCACUCAGGUUCUGUCACUAAAUGAAGCUACUAUCAAAUUCGAUAUAUGGGACACCGCCGGCCAGGAAAGGUACCACAGCCUGGCUCCUAUGUACUACCGCGGCGCUGCUGCGGCUGUCGUGGUGUAUGAUAUCACAAGCAUGGAGUCAUUCGUCCGAGCAAAAAAAUGGGUUCAAGAAUUGCAACGACAAGCAAAUCCAACAUUAAUAAUGUUCUUGGCUGGUAACAAGGCUGACUUGGAAGAGAAGAGAAAAGUAGGGUCUGAGGAAGCUGAGCAAUAUGCUAAGGAAAAUGGCUUGGUUUUUCUUGAAACGUCUGCAAAAACUGCACAGAAUGUCAGUGAGCUCUUUUAUGAAAUAGCAAAAAAAGUGGCCAAAGCUAGCCCUUCUCGUCAAACUGGGAUAAAAUUACACAUCAGAUCACAGCCACCCAGCAGAAGAAUGUUUUGUUGCACUUGAAUCUUGAUGAUCUCUCGGAUUACGAACAAAUUCAAGGACAUGGUUCAACAAGAUGGAGAAACUAACAAAAACUGUGGCUCCACCAGAGAUGAAGGUCCAUCUGCAAGCUCUGCCAACCGGUUACAAAUAUGAAUUUCCUUAGUAUAUGUUGUACAAAUUAUAAGAAUUAUUUCAUUUUGUUAAUUGAUGUUAGAGAGUGAUUGUGGAACAUAAUAAUAAUGAGAAGCAAUAUGUCACGUGUUAAAACGUGUGAUGACGGUCAAUAAAACAAUCAACUCUUUUUUAGUGUAGCUUGUAUGAUCAAUAAAAUUUCGCGCUCAAAAGUUGAAAA